AAUACAAUACAUCAGGAUUUGUGUUUCUCUUUUUGAAGGUCACCUGUUUCUGACUCAUCAAAGGAAACUAUGUUAUCCAUCCCAUCUCUUUUGAUUUGUUUCAUGUGAAAUGUAGUAAGAACAUUUAACUGAAUGACGACUCCCUCAGCAUUGCAGCUGAGAACCAAAACAUCGCUGCACACAUAUAGGCAGGCAUGCCUGGUGGCAGUAAUAAGAGUGAAGGGCAGGGUCCAGCCUCCUCUCCCCGACCCCAUUCUGUCAUCCCGUCCAACAGGCCACUGCGACCGUCACGCUAUUUCCCUGUGUCAGCAGCCACUUUCUUCCUUGUUGGCUCAACCACACUGUUCUUCUGCUUCACUUGUCCAUGGCUUUCAGAGCGUUUCUCAGUAGCUGUUCCCAUUUAUAAUGGCAUCAUCUUCCUGUUUGUUUUGGCCAACUUCUGUAUGGCUACGUUUAUGGACCCAGGCAUCUUUCCAAGAGCUGAGGAGGAUGAAGACAAGGAUGAUGACUUCCGUGCUCCUCUUUAUAAAACUGUGGAGAUCAGAGGGAUCCAGGUCAGGAUGAAGUGGUGUUCAACUUGUCGCUUCUACCGACCGCCACGUUGCUCCCACUGCUCAGUCUGUGACAACUGUGUUGAGGACUUUGACCACCACUGUCCAUGGGUCAAUAACUGCAUCGGCAGGAGGAAUUACCGAUACUUCUUCAUCUUCCUCCUUUCACUGACUGCCCACAUCAUGGCUGUGUUCGGCUUUGGGUUGCUCUUCAUCCUCUAUCAUCACCAGUACAUUGAUCGCCUGAAUGCGAUUGUCACGCUGGCUGUAAUGUGUGUUGCAGGCCUGUUCUUCAUUCCAGUUGCUGGUCUCACUGGUUUUCACAUUGUUCUUGUGGCAAGGGGCAGAACUACUAAUGAGCAGGUGACAGGAAAGUUCCGAGGAGGAGUUAACCCUUUUACCAAUGGGUGUUGGAAGAAUGUCACUCAUGUCCUCUGCAGUUCACAGGCACCCAGAUAUUUGGAUAGGAAGAGGUAUGUGCAGAGUGUGUGUGUUCAGCCUCCAUUUCUACAGCCACAACUGACUGACGCCCAGCGAAAUGCAAAGAUCCUGAAAAAUGGUUUACGAGGAGAUCUACAUAGGUCCAAAUCAAGUCUGGACAGGCAAGAGAGCCAGUCAUGUGAUUCUGAAGCUCCUCCUCCAAAACCGGAACUCCACUACCCUGGAAUCACCAGAGGGAGCACACAGGAUUACAGUCUACUAAACAAAACACCUCCUACCCCCACUAUGUAUAAAUACAGACCAACCUGUAGUCCUGGAAAGAACCACACUCCACUAACCCAUGCUUAUGCAAACCAGUUAAGUCGUGCGGAGAGGGAUGUCAGUAGUAGGGAUUCCUCCUCCUCAACUUCCUCCCUUGUCCAAUCCAGCCAUCAACCUGGUUUCUGCUCACAAUCAAGCCUGGACCGGAGGGACACUUCUUCUGACAAACUAGGGGCAGUAGCUGGACGGGAGAGAAAAGAGGGCGGAGUAGGAGACAUCCCUGGCUUCACUCUGACGGGGCGCUCCUACCUCUCAUUUUCUGACCCUGCUGUCCUGUCAGGAGCGGCUUCACAAUCCUCUGGUUCCAUCCAAACCUCAGCAGGUGCUGUCCACAUCUCUGAAGCAACCAUUACCUCAAGCAGCUUCAAGAGCUUAGCAAAUCAGACACCUCCACCUCACGACCCAGCACCGAACGGAAGCCUCUCAUAUGACCGCGUCAUGGCUAGAGAUGAUGGUUUUGACAAAGGGGUGUCAGCAGGAUCCAAAAUUCCUGACGUUUCAUCUGGGAGACCCUGCUCUGCGACGGCAGGUGGCUACAUCUCCUCCUUCCAUUCUUCAAAACCUAGAGAUGUUGAAAUCCUUUCCCAGUCUCCCCAGUACCAUCACCCCCUCCUCCACCGGUCAGCCUCUUCCACAUGCUCCUCUCCUCCAGAGAGGGAGCAUCUAUUGGUGGAACCUCCACGAAGCAGUCGCCCCUUGCCUUUCUGUCAGACUUCUGUGCCACCCACUUCCUCUGUUCAGCAUCCACGGCACCAUCACCACCACCAUCACUCCCAUCAUCAUCAUCAUAAUCAUCAUCACCAUUUCUCCUCUACUUCCUACCCUUCUCAUUUCAUUGCUCCUCACCUGCCCCACCAUCCCUACCCACACCUCACAUGCUCCACGGAUACCCCUUUGGGCUUGUCAUUAUCUUCCACAAACCACCCUUCCCACUCCCCACACCAUCCACCUCUUGGUAAAUCACUGUCCUACUCAAGCGCCGCUGCUGCUGAAAUGCAGUACCAGCUAAUUCGAAAGGCCUCCUCAGCAGCUGGAGCAAAUGCAGCAGGAAUAGCAGAAGGAAUACAUGCACCAAAGGUUGAGAUAGACCAGACCGAACUGCGGAGUCGGACCAAUGGCAGUGAGCCUUUUUUUACUUUGCCAUCCUCCUCUUCUGCUUCCUUUGCCUCCCACCGGGUCAACCCAUCUGUUGGAGUGACUGAUUCUAGCUCAGCAAUUAUUCAACCGUUGACCCAUCAGCCUCUGGGUACUGGUCUGGUGAGGUGUGAGGCUACCAGCUUUGAGAUUUCUGUCUAAUUUGCAACUUCAUCCUGAGAUUCUGUGAAGACUACUGACUGACUCUAUCGCACUGAUAGUACAGCUAGUAACAUUUUAUUAUUUGCUAUAAAACAAGAACAAAAUGAGACUAGGCUGUUAUUUAAUGAAAAAAUACUAUCAAUCAAUUGAACAGGCAGGACCCACAAGUCAAGUCAUUUUUUUUUAGGUCUUGGACUGAGUGAAUCUGCCUGUGUUUGAGAAAGAUUGCUACUUGUUUCAUUCAGGCAAGUUAAUUUUCAUAGAGGUAAGAAUGAACAAAUGCUGAUUCCCUUUUUUGUUGAUUAUUCUUCGAUGUGAAUUAAUUAGUACAGGAUAAUGUGAUUUGAAAUGUGAAUGUCCUUAUUCUACUUUUGUUGAUUAUAUGGUACAUAUUGUAUGAGAGCAUGCACAUUCAUUAUUAGUAGCCACUGUGGGCCAUGUUGGACUGUGGAUAAGGUUGAGUGCUUGAACAAACAGGAAGAGAAUUUAGGUCAACCACAAAAAGACAUUUGGUUCUAAAUCAGAGCUAGAAAACAAGGCAGGUAUUUCUAAAAAAAAAAAAAAAAAAAAAAAAAAAAUCUUGGUUUUGAUUUUCAAGGUCAUUAGUCUUCAAAAUUCCGGGUUAUUUUGUUAUUUUCUACAAAUCUGUUUUUUAUUUAUGGAUUAGAUUUAGGGCUGAGCAUCGAGAACCGAUUGGAACCGGGACUAACGUUCCGGUUCUCCCAGAAUUGUUCAAAUUAAAAAAAAUCAGUCCGCCAAACCCGAAGAAGGUGGUGAAAACCAACAAAGAGGCGGUAAAAACCAAUGAAGAAGUACACACAAAAAGACGUGCUUGUGCCAAACAGCAGUGUCGAACAAAAGUCUUUAUUUUAAAAUAAAUGACCAAUCACCUAAAUGCAACACUUGGAUUAAGAUUAUAUUGUGCAAAUGAAGGUUUCACAAUGUGUAGAAGUCUGACACGCUCCCUCCCGCUCCGAGCCUCAGCCUGCACCGUGUGGAACCUCAGUCAAAUCAAUUGGUUGAGUGUAACAAUAAAAUAUUUCUAAGCCAACAUUGAGGCAACGAACAAGUUAAACGGUGGGUUGCACUGCUGGUUUUUAGUGUUUAUUUUAGUCUUCAAACCCAAGUAAAUUCUGAUGACAGACACAAACAUAAAAUAUAAAUGACUUCCAUACUGUAAAGAAAGUAGAAACAGUCGCAUUAUAAGCUUAACAUUGGGCGAAAACUUCACCAAAAGUGCAUCAUGAAAAUCUUUAUAUUUAAUGACCGGAAUUAAUUUGACCUGAUUCCCUUAUGAGACAAAACAGGAAUUUACGAAAUUUCACCUGCACAUGCAGGUAUUUAUUUCACACUCACACUGAUUGAAUUUUUGGCCAAAAAGUUAAGUAAAUAUCAUCCUUAAAUUGAAUCGCCAAACACGACUCGUGAUGCAAAUCAAAUUGUUGCUAAAACGAAUUGUUACACCCUUAUUACUUCAAAUAAGCAUCUUGUAAUUUCUACAGAUUUAACCAAACUAGUAAGUAAUGCCACUUAGAAUUUUACAUUGAUGACAUUCUUGUUUAAAUCAAUAACGAAAAUUGAAUUAGGGUUGGGCAUCAUUUGAAUUUGAAUUCCGGUCCCUCAUUUUGAUUCCGCUUCCAAACGAUUCCGAUUCUUUUAGGGGGCUGGGUCAAAAAAGGUUGCAUGGUUUAAAUAAAGGGUGUCCAAAUUAUGAACAUCCAUUUUCUUAGCAUCCUGCAGCAUAAACUAAAAUGAACAUUUGACUCGGUGUUCUUUAUAACCAGUAUGGCAAUGUGUGUGGAACUAACCCAAAUUACUUCAUAUUAAUUAAUUAUUGUUUCACCUAAGAAUUAAAGAUAUCAUUGUUAAAAUAGUUUUUGCGACUGUUUUAUCAAGUAAAUUGAUUUAUGUGCACGUUUUAACUUGACUUCCUGUUUUAAGCAUGUAGCCUUUUAUUUUGAAGGGUACGCACCAGAACUAAGCAUUUUGGCGCGAACAAUAAUUUCACACGACACCGGUAAAAACGAAGGUAAAACGAGAUGCAAGAAAAAUAGUAAUGAAUGGAACCAAUUGCUCUGUAAAACGUUGAUUCGUUUACCUACCCACAAUUGAGACACAAGGUUAAUGUUUAUGAUACUGUGAGAUGUUUUUCUGAAUUUUGUCCCAAUUCAUUGUGAUGUAAAGUUGAGAGUUUGACCUUUGGUUAAGUUUACCCUCAAUGUUAAGUUUGAAUGCAACCGUUGCUACUUUCUUUCCAGUAUGGUAAAGACAUGUUUGUGUCUGUCAUCCGCUCUUUCGUUUGUUUGAAGAGUAAAAUAAAUCCUAAAAACCAUCAGUAGAAGAGUGCAACCCCCGUUUAACUGGUUAGCUGCCUCAAUGUUGGCAUAGACAUAGUUUAUUGUUUCACUCACUCAAUUGACUUCGCUGAACUUCCAAAUAAACUGAAUAGACCACAUUUUGAGUUGCAUAUACUGUUGGAAAGUUGUGUAAAGUUUCUUAGCGUUCUUAAUACAUUACAAUAUUUUUGUGCUCCAAACAUUAAGCAAGAUACAUCAUAUUGAACUGUGCUCCAAACAUUAAGUAAGAUACAUCUUAUUGAACUGUCACUGAACAUCACUCCGAGAACACUGCUAUAGUUUUCAUGCCUACAUUUGUAGUCUAACCACCUCAUUUGGCAUUUGUAAAUUCUUUUGUUCUUGUUCAGUGAGAGAAAUCUCGUUUCUGCUGGGCUUUAACAAGUGCAUCAAAGUCAGUUCAAUGUCUGAGGUGGCGAUGCGAAGCACAGCGGACCGUUGAUCAUCAGUGAGAGUGGAUCUAUACCUGGAUUUUGCAAACUUCCUCAUUGAAAAUGUUUCUUCAUAUAUGUAAGCAGAGCCAAAGAGAACCAACAUCUUCUGAGCAUGUCUCCUAAUGUUUGGAAAGUUCUCCUCCUUGAGAGAAGAGUAGAAAUCCAGUAGAGAUCCUGACAAAGUGUUCUGCCAAUACUGCAUCAGACUGCAGGUCUAUAAAUUCAAGCUGAACCUCACUGGGUGCAUUAUUGACACUGCAGGUAACGGAAGACGAGAUCAUGUGUAUUUCAUGCUCGAUUGCUCUGAGAUCCUCAAAUCGCCUUGAAAUGUCACCAUGCAAUGGUAUGAACAUGGCUGAGUAUCGGCAGAGGUAAUCAGCUGAUGGUGUGACUUCUUUCAGGGUUUUCAUGUAUUUAUUGCGCUCCAGUUGGCUUGAAAUAAACCGACAAUUUCUUAUGAAAGCCUUCACCGGGGCUGUGGAUUUCAUGAACAAAAAGUCCCUUGCCUUUCAGUUUGGUGUUCAGUUCAUUCAUACAGUAAGUGCAGUCACAUCAAGAGCAAAUUCAAAAUCAGCUAUCCAGCGCUCAUUUGAGAGCUCUGGGAAGUAUUUGCCUUUCUUCUCACACAACUCUCAAAUCUCUGCUUUCAGGUCCCAAAGGACUUUGCCCAGGCUUAGCCAUCUGACAACUGUGUGGUAGCCAAUGUCACGAUGCUUAGCCUCAUAUGCUCCUACAAAAGUUGCACAAACUCUCUGUGAUUCAAUGCCUGAGCCCUGAUGAAGUUUUGUAUUUUAAUUACAACGUCAGUAACAUAGUUAAUAAUUAGCACUGACUUGCACAACAUAUGUUGGUGCAUGAUAUAAUGCAAAAAUACCCAUUUCUGAUCUGGGUUGAGUUCAGUCACUUUAUCUUGCAUGAGUUUCAAAAGUCCAACAUUUUUCCCUGUAAGACUUGGACAGUCCAUACACAUAUUUAUCUCAUUGCACAGAUCGCUCCCUGUUGUUGUCCCUUUUAUUGACCGCAUUGCUGCCAGCUCUUCCAUAAUCUUGAAGCCUGCCGUAAUCCCACGGACAAAUACGGGUAACUGCGCUGUGUCGCGGACAUCACAGCUCUCGUCCAAAGCCAAGGAGUAAAAAUCUAAAGUUCCCACUUCACAUUGCAGCUGAGACUCAAGAUUUCCUGAACUGACGUCGAUCCUUCUCGUCACGGUUCGCCUGGACAGUGGGACUUGCUUAAAUGCAUAUUUUUUUGCAGGGCAUAUUAGUCCACCAAGCACUCUUUGACAAACUCCCCUUCCAAGUUUUUAGCAAUUUUGUGGGCUGGUCUUUGUUGCUGCAUCCCUAGAUGUGUGAAGCUCGGUAAAAAAGCCUUGCUGCUUUUGUAGUUUAAUGAGCAACGCUUGCAAUGUCAGUGCCCUUUUUGUAUUUCUCCGCGUGUUUUUCUUUCGUCUCGUAAUGUCGUUUCAAAUUGUAGUCCUUAAACACGACGAUCUGCUCCCCGCAAACUAAAUACGCCGCUUUAACGGCGACUUCUGUAAAUAAAUACUUAGCGGCUCAAUUUUUAUUGAAACCCCCGCAUUCGGCAUCUACCUUUCUUUUUAUCGCUCGAGCAGACAUUUUUUAGCGGUACCGCUAAAAAAAAUCGUCAAGCAGGUGACGAGACUUGUGAAAAAUUGUAUCACGAUCCAAUCACGUCUUGAUGUACGUAUUGCAUCAUUAUGUAUGUGAAUAAAAAACCUUCAAAAUAAAAGCAUUGGCGCUUUUGUCCAUGCAUGAGAUCAAAUGAAAAUUGUUUAUUUUG